AUGACCCCUCACCCUCACUCACCACCUAAGAAAAACCCAUCCUUGUUACAACAAGACCCCAAGCAGUUACAAAUUCUGUUACAAUCUUCUGUUCCCGCCGCAUCAGCCGCUGCCCACAACAACAACCCACAACAGCCCAAAAACAGUCGGACCAUCAGCGCCGCCAGCAGUACCAAAACUAGCCCCUACCUACGCUCAGAGUUGUUUGAUCAUCAAACAACACACCACAAUUUCAACCACCAUCACAACAAAAACAACAACAACAACAACCACCCACGAGGACUAGCCAUCUUCUCGGGAUAUUCCCCAUUAUUGUCAUCUAAUACCCCCAACCUUUGUCCCAGCGUAUUCUCAGAAAAGUCGCUGAGCUAUUCUUCAUCUCCUCUUCCUCUGGACCCCCCAUCGAACCCUCCCACAGUUGGAGCCAAAGCAGAGUCUGCCUCAGUCUCGACAUCGUCCAUAACCAUUCUUCCUCCGAAAACAACCAUUAUUUUUUCUCGAAACAGUUCCACCAAAAUGCCUCGUCGUCCAUCUUUGUUCACCAUUGUUGGUGCCGGUCUAGCUUGUCUUAUUUUUUUCUAUGUCGUGUUCCCCAGUUCAUCCUCAUCUUCCCAUGACGCCGUGGCCCAUUCACUGGGAUCCAAGAUCUCGACCGGAGAACAAAUAAAGGCUGGUGUUGCACGGACCCCAGCUCAACUUACAUCAGUCGAUGACUACGACCCUAUUGACGCACUCGGCAAGUCGGGAGGCCCCUCGCAGGACCUUACAACAGGAGCUCCCAUUAUGGGUCACAUGACUAACGAAACGAUCCGCGCAGAAGUUGGUCGCGCAGGAUGGAAGUUGUUCCAUACGAUUCUUGCAAAGUACCCUGUCAAGCCCACAACCAAUGAUCGUGAAACUCUGUCAUCGUACAUUUAUUUGUUUUCACGUGUAUACCCAUGUGGUCAGUGCGCUGAGCAUUUUCAAGCAUUAUUGAGACAAUACCCACCACAAACCUCAUCGCGUGAGGCGGCCUCGCAGUGGGGUUGUUUUGUGCAUAACCAAGUGAAUGAGCGCUUGGGUAAAGAGAUUUUUGACUGUAGCACAAUUUCCGACAAGUACGCGUGCGGGUGUGCUGAAGAUGACGAGAAGGAUGCAGCCCGAGCAUCUGCUGCUGCAACAAGUGGAGAAGCAGCAGCAUUAGUAAAUGAAGAUACCACGAUUAAGCGCGACACCACAGCCGAGAGUGCUGAAGAAGUUGACGAGACUGGCAACGUUGCUCUAGCUCAUGAAGGUAAUGAGGUUUUAAAAGGCUUGGAACUUGAGGUUCCAAAGUCUUCCAAAGAAAAAGAUUCCCCGUUAGUUUUGGAAAAAGGAGGCUAA